AUGAAGUUAUUACUAGUGUUAGUGAUUGUGGCAUUGUUUAAAACAAUUUUGGCCGGAAUUGCUCCUUCUGGAUCGUGUCCUGCAGUGUGUGCGUGCAAAUGGAAAGGAGGAAAACAGACUGUAGAGUGUGUGGAACGAGCACUUAUUACAGUACCUGAACUAGUGGAUCCUGCAACACAAGUACUUGAUCUCUCUGGAAAUAAUCUACAAAUUCUUCCCCAAGAAGCUUUUGCAAGGACUGGACUUGUUAAUCUGCAGCGGGUAUAUCUUCGUAGUUGUAACAUAGGUCAAAUAAAUGAACGAGCGUUUAAGGGUCUGACUAAUUUAGUUGAGUUAGACCUUUCCCAUAAUUUACUUACUCAAAUACCUUCCAAUAGCUUCAAAGAUGCCCCGUCUCUUAGAGAUCUCACGCUCGCUAAUAAUCCUAUUUUGAAAAUUCACUCAGAGGCCCUUAAUAACCUCGGUAACAUUGUAAGAUUUGAUUUAUCGAGUUGCGACAUAAGGGAUAUCGCACCUGAUGUAUUUAGAAACUUAAAAUCUUUAGAAUCCUUGAAGUUAAAUGGGAAUAAUCUUCGAGACCUUCCCUUGAGCUCAUUGGAAAAAUUAGAAAAAUUAAGAGUUAUUGAUUUGUCGGAUAAUCCAUGGAAUUGUGACUGCAGACUUCGGGAUCUUAAGAUAUGGCUAUCGAAUCAUAAACUAUUUUCUACUCCUAGUUGCUCUUUACCCACUCGGUUAGCAAAUAAACCAUUUUCUGAGCUAGCUCUUGACGAAUUUGCUUGUAAACCAGAAAUUUUGCCUAUUAAUAGGUAUGUAGAGGCAUCUAUCGGUGGAAACGCCACAGUUGUUUGUAGAACAGAAGCUGUACCAAGUGCAAAUAUUAAUUGGUAUUGGAACGGUAGAUUAUUACAAAAUGGGACAAAUUUUAACUCUCAUCAAAGAAUUUACACAUUCGAAUCAGGAGAUAUUAAGAAGAAGUCAACGCUUAUUUUGACGAACACCCAAGAAUCAGGUUCAAUUGAAUUUUACUGUGUUGCCGAAAAUAAAGGGGGAAGCGCAGAAGCUAACUUUACUGUAUAUUUAACUCAAACCGCAGUAGGAAUGGCUUCACUAGGAAGCGCUCAAAUAGCGAGCCUUGGGGCUGCGCUAUUCUUGGUUAUAGUAGUAAUUUCAUUAGGUUUACUAUUAACAUUCGUUAGAUUUCGCCCGACACCUACUUGUGAAAGUAAAACACCAAAUACAUUAGAUAGAGUUGUGUCUGGUAACGAGGUCCACCCAACUGUGACUGAUAGACCGCAUGUGGCUGUUUUAACUAAUAGACAAGAGUCACCACAUUAUGAUGAAACUAAGUGCAAUCCAGUGUUGAAACCGCCGAGAUCUAAUGAUAUUCCUUACACUACAAAUCACUAUGAAGGUCGUGGAAGUUUAGUUACAACUGGUGGACCUGUUGUAGUUUCUCCUACUAUAUCGGGAGGAAUAAACCCAGAUCUUAUUAAUGAUACAAGACCAGAUACUGUUAACCGUCCAGGAAGUGGAGAAUAUGCUCGCGAGGGCUCCGAUUCUUUGUAUCCUUCAGGUCUUUGGGACCAGAUUAAAAUGAAUCAAGCAAAUAACUUAGCACGUGCGAUAAGUUCAGCUAUUCCGGCCUAUUACAAUGAUCGAACGCCAAUAAUUGAAAAUAGUAGUGUUAACGGAUCUCACGAAGAACUGGGUUAUAUGAGUCGCACAUUUCCUCGAUCACAUGCAAUGGCCGCAGCUAAUGCGGGUUCAGUGGACGUUCAGUAUCCGGCCGAUUAUGGUUUGCCGGUAGGCGGAGCACGUACAUUAAGAGUCUGGCAGCGUGCUCCGCCUGUACUUCCACCAGUGUCGGCGCUUAAACGAGUCCUCACUAUCACGAGGCCCUCCGAGGAUGGUUUUCAGGAUGGCUGUGCUACGGAUGUGUAGAGUAAAACAAGAGUAACUAAGUCCAAAUGUUUAUAUUGUAAAUAUCUUAUUACCCAUAUGCCGCAUAUGUAACAACAGGUCAUAUAAUAGAUUUUGUAUCAUAUAAUUUAUUUAGAUUUAAUUAGUGGAAAGUUACAUUGGAUCCACAUAUGAAGGAUCUACGACUGAUUAGUUGAAAAAAUAAUAGUAAGUUAUUACGUGAUAUGGAUAUGGUAUUACAUAAGAUCGCCAAAUGAUUAAUAAUAUUAUACUGAAUGUAAUAUAUCUUGAUUGUUAAAAUCAAAAAUAGAUGUUAAUUUAUAAAAAUAAUUAUGUCGUAAGUAUAAUGAAAGAAAAACUAAAUAUCCAAAGAGAAUUCCCUUAAUAGAAAUACAAUAAUGUUUUACUAUGUGUUAUUGUAAUGCACAAAAACGUUGUUUGAUGUAUAAUAAUGUAUGUGAAUGUUUUAUGUCGAAAAAAAAUAGAAGUAAAGAUGGAAGUAUAAUAAACAAGGCGAUUAAAAUA